AAUACACGCAGUGCACAAGUAUUUCAAAAUGUCAGAAGCUGUGUGAUGAUCCGAUAAUUAAAAUUGAACCACAAGAAUAUCCAAUCGAAGACAUCAAAGAGGAAAUUGAAGAAGACCCUGAAUCCUAUUCAGAGGAUGACGAAACGUGUCUGAAAAGGUUCAGAAAUUCCAUAGUAAAAAUCGAAGAAGAAUCUCAACAGAAUAUAAUUCAGAGUCCUCCUUAUAAAUGUAACAAGUGUAAUAGAACAUUUAGAAAGUUGCAUAAUUUAGAACAGCAUAUGGUAAAUCAUAGUCAUAAGUGUACUGAUUGUUCAAAGACUUUUUCAGAUGCAAAAAAAGAGCCUGAAGAAUAUUCAGAUGAUGAUAAAACAUGUCUUAAGAGAUUCAUGAAUUCUAUAGUAAAGAUAGAAGAAGAAACCCCAACAGGAAUUAUUCAGAAUCUUCCUUAUAAAUGUAAUAGAACGUUUAGAAAGUUGCAAUAUUUAGAACAGCAUAUGAUUGAGUUAUUUGGAUCGUCAUAUGCUCCUUCACACUGGGGACGCUCUAAUAAAUGUACAAUAUGUGAUAAGGCAUUUGCACAUUUGAGUAGCUUGAAACAACAUAUGCUCAUUCACACUGGGGAACGUCCUAACAAAUGUACAAUAUGUGCUAAGACUUUUACUCAAUCGAGUAGCUUGAAACAACAUAUGCUUAUUCACACUGGGGAUCGCCCUAAUAAAUGUUCAAUAUGUGAUAAGGCAUUUGCACAAUUGAGUAACUUGAAACAACAUAUGCUCAUUCACACUGGGGAACGUCCUAACAAAUGUGCAAUAUGUGCUAAGACUAUGCUUAUUCACACUGGGGAUCGCCCUAAUAAAUGUACAAUAUGUGAUAAGGCAUUUGCACAUUUGAGUAGCUUGAAACAACAUAUGCUCAUUCACACUGGGGAAUUUCGUAACAAAUGUACAAUAUGUGAUAAGACAUUCUUACGAUUGGAUAGUUUGAAAAGACAUAUGCUCGUUCACACUGGUGAACGCUCUAAUAAAUGUACAAUAUGUGAUAAGGCAUUUGCACAAUUGAGUAACUUGAAACAACAUAUGCUCAUUCACACUAGGAACGUUCCUAACAAAUGUACAAUAUGUGCUAAGACUUUUACUCAAUCGAGUAGCUUGAAACAACAUAUGCUUAUUCACACUGGGGAUCGCCCUAAUAAAUGUACAAUAUGUGAUAAGGCAUUUGCACAUUUGAGUAGCUUGAAUAAACAUAUGCUUACUCACACUGGUGAACGAGCUCAUAUUUAUCAUAUGUUCAUUCACACUGGUGUACGAGCCUAUAUUUGUAGAAUAUGUGGUAAGAAGUUCAUACGUUUGAGUCAUUUGAAUCAACAUAUGCCCAUUCACACUGGUGAAAGCUGUAAUAAAUGUACAAUAUGUGAUAAGACAUUUAGACAAUCGAGUAGCUUGAAACAACAUAUGCUCAUUCACACUGGGGAGCGUCCUAACAAAUGUACAAUAUGUGAUAAGACUUUUAGACAAUUGAGUAGUUUGAAACAACAUAUGCUCAUUCACACUGGGGAACGUCCUAACAAAUGUACAAUAUGUGAUAAGACUUUUACACAUUCGAGUAGCUUGAAACGACAUAUGCUCAUUCACACUGGGGAACGUCCUAACAAAUGUACAAUAUGUGAUAAGACUUUUACACAUUCGAGUAGCUUGAAACAACAUAUGCUCAUUCACACUGGGGACGUCCUAACAAAUGUACAAUAUGUGAUAAGACUUUUAGACAUUGAGUAG